AUGGAGUAUUCCUUAAAGCAUUAACUUGAUAAGGAUCCUUAUUAAAAAGUUUAUGUAACCAAUAUUGGUCCUUAUAUUAAAUUAAGAAUAUUUGAGCCUGAAAUCAUAAGGGAUUUCUUUUAAAAUCAGCAUAAUUAUAAAAAGUUUGAGUUUUUUACAGGAAAUUUAAUGAGGUUUGUUAAUGGCAUAAUUACUGCAGAAGGACAAGACUGGAAAUCAAGCAGAAAACUAUUUUCACAAGCCUUUCAUUUUGAUUACAUUCAGAAGCUCGCUCCUUUGAUAGAAAAAAGCACAAAUACUAUAAUCGAUGAAAUUAUAGCCAAAAAUGAGUUGUAAAAUUUUAAUUCAAUUACUUGUAUGUAGGAGUUAACUGGCAGAGUAGUCAUUGCAUCAUUUUUUGGAGAGUCUUUAGAAAAUGAAAGGCUUAAAGGAAGAACUAUUGUUGAAACACUUUCGUAUAUUUUAAAUGCUUUAGCUCGAUAGACAGGAACAUUAAUAUAUUUAAUUUUUGGAAAAAAAUUCUUUUAACUAGGACUUACAAAACAUUCAAGAGAAAUCAAUUAGUUAAUAGAAGAAUUCAAUAGUUUCUUGUAAAAUAAAAUAGCAUCCAAAAUAGAAGAAAUUUAAAAUGAUAUCAAAUAAAACGGAAACACAUCAAAUUUUAGUAUAUUAGCUCAAUUAGUUUCUACAUCUCAAAUCGAUUAAAUAUCAAGACAAUAGCUAUUUGAAGAUUUUAAAGCCUUUUAUUUGGCUGGAAUGGAUACUACUGGCCAUUUGUUGGGAAUGACUAUGUAUUAUUUAACUCAAUAUAAAGAUGUUUACUCAAAGCUUUAACAAGAAAUCGAUACAAAUUAAGAUUAAAGCAUUUAAUGUAUUUCUUAAUUGCCAUAUUUGAAUGCAGUAAUAAAAGAGUCUUUGAGGUAUUAUGGACCAGCAAAUAUUCUCUUUGAUAGAAUCGCUACAUCAGAUCACGUUAUUGGAGGCAUACCUAUUAAAAAAGGAAUGAUUAUUACCCCUUUUGCUAUUUCUAUGCAUAGAAACUAAAAUAUAUUUGAAAAUCCUCAUGCUUAUAACCCUUCUAGAUGGUUAGAUAAAAAAAUUAGUGAAAUUAAUUCUUUUUCUUACAUUCCCUUUAGUUCAGGUUAAAGAAAUUGUAUUGGUUAACAUUUAGCAUAGAUGCAAACUAAAAUUAUUUUAAAUAAAUUCAUUAAAAAGUUUAAUUUUUCAUGCCCUGAAAAUUAUAAACUUGUAAUGGCAUUUAAAUUUUUAUCUGAGCCAGUAGAUCCUUUAUGUCUGAAACUAACUUUGAGAUAGUGA